AUGCAGGAGCCAAGUAAUCAGUCCCGACAGGUUCAAAAUAGAAAGAAGGUUAAAACUGGCUGCAAAACAUGCAAGACCCGUCGCGUGAAAUGUGACGAAAGUCGACCGGCAUGUCGACGCUGUGUCUCUACUGGCCGAGUCUGUGAUGGCUAUGGUAUCUGGGGAGGGGGCGGGACUCCGUAUGGCCAGCCACAGAGUAACCGAGCCCUGUCAACAUACUGCACGCCGGUUCCAGCCGGCAGCAUGACCAGUGAAGAGCAGUCAUAUUUUGACUGGUUCGUGGGGCAAACCAACAGGAAGUUUGCCGGUCUAUUCGCCUCUGACUUCUGGGAGACCCUCGUCUUACAGGCCAGCGCACAGGAACCCGCCGUGCGUCAUGCCGUCGUCGCCUUGUCAGCAGCGCAUAGAUUCGAUUACAGUAAUGAGCCGUGGUCCAUUCCUUCAACCUAUGGCUUUGAUACGGAGCGGUUUACCUUGCAGCAAUACAAUAAAGCCAUUCACUACUUACGCUCCGCGACUGGGGGUACUCAGAAACACGCAGUGCGCGUUGCCCUGAUCACAUGCAUGAUCUUUGUUACUCUGGAGUACCUACGUGGACAAUACCAGAUGGGCAGUGCACACUUACGCUACGGGAUCCAGCUUCUUGCGAAUAUUUCAGCCCCACAGCCUCGGUCUUCUAUGUCACCGGAUGUCCUAAAUCCGGCAGAAGACUUUGCUCAUAAUGCCCUGAUCGAUGCAUACUCGCGUCUAGCUAUCCAAGCUGCCAUGUUUGGCCAUGUUCCCUCCCAUAUGUGUGUCGUAUCUCGAGAUCCACAAGUUCAUGCCAUCCCAUACACAUUUCCUUCUCUCUUUGAUGCGCGACAGACGCUCGAUGACCUCCUAAACAGGGUUCAUUGCCUCAAAAGACAUUACUAUAACAUCCGACUAUCACUAUUGCAAUCUGAAACCCCCAAUGCAGAGCUGGCUGAGACACAGCAAAAGAUCAUCACCGACCUAUCUCUCUGGUGCAAAGCAUAUAACUCCUCACUCAUCCGUCUCGAAGAAGAAGCAACUCACAAAUCCAAGUUCGGAACGAUCCUUCUACGUGUAUACCACGAAAUGACAACUAUAAUGGCCUCAGUCUGUCUAUCCAAUGACGAGAUGAUAUUCGACUCCCACACGCCAAGAUUCCUCGCUCUCCUACAAGGGUUCGUCGAUCUAUGGAAUCACUGGGCAACCACUAGUAUCGAGAUCAAAGAACUCAAGCAUAUAUUCAGCCUUCCGGAAUCAGAGGUUGGCUGCCACGGAUUCACUGUCGAGUCUGGGUUCAUCCCUCCCGUUUAUUAUACCGCGCUGAAAUGUCGCAUUCCUCGGAUCCGACGCCAGGCUAUUCGGAUUUUGCGCGCUGCUCCGCAUCGAGAGGGUGUGUGGAAUGGACCUCUCCUAGCUCAUAUCUUGGACGAGGUGGUGCAGCUCGAGGAAGGAGGGGCUUAUGCUGGAGAUGCCAGUGUGGAUGAGCCUAUGUACGUGGCUGUGCCCUCAGUGAAGGACUUUCCUCCACCGGGAAUUGAGGCAUCGAUGCGCAUAUCUGACUUGGCGGUGAUUCUGCCGGAGAUGGUCAAGGGGGACACGUUUAUAAGUUAUAAAAAGCAGCUUGGGGGUGGCCAGUGGGCGACAUAUAAGCAGAGAGUAAAGCCUGGCUGGACGAAAAGUCAAGGCUCUUUUUCCGGAUUCGUAUCUGUUUUGAGUAAGGAGGGUGGUUACAAAGACUAG